UUUAUUUCAAACCUAUAAACGUACAUAUCAUACAAGAAUGUCAGGGUCUGAAUCUAGCUUCACCCACAACACCACAACAACGUCGGAGCCGCCACCUUCACGACGACAUCGUUCACGAGCGUUGCUCUAUAUCAUCUUUGCCGUCUCACUGAUCUUCAAUGUUGUUUUAGCUGUCACCUUCGGCAUCCACACGCUGAAGCCAAGAUUGUCUCACCAAAGGAACACGGACGCAUCUUCUGUUCAGCCUGACCAUGUGGGGUCAAAUGCUGAUGUGUGUUUUACUUGUGGUCAGCUGGGUCCACUGGUCGAAUCUCAGGACACUCCCUAUGACGUCAUUCGAACCUCUGCGCAUCAUUUAUGCUGUCAAAGAAAGACGUCACAGAAAUGUUCAAGAAGGGUCGGACCAAUUGGACCCUCAUGCCAUAAAGACGGGCAACCGUGACGUCAUUCACUCAGGAUCCACAGGGGCACAUCUAGUCAUGGUUCCAAUCAAAGGGUCGCCGCCAGCAUGGACAGCCCACGAUGACUACCACAUGACCUUCUGUGCCAAUGUCGCAUGCGAUAACGGAACGAUCUGGGUACGAGACGCUGGGAUCUACCUCGUGUACUCGCACAUCACACUUAACGUGACACGUGGCUCCACAUACACCAUCUUCACACACAGAAUGCAACUUACCAGACGGAACAUGCCUCCUAAACAGCUUCUGAUGAGUAAGACCUCAUUCACACGAACAGCAUCUCCACAGCGAAACUCUUUUCUCGCCGCCGUUUUGAAACUCGAAGAACGCGAUUCCAUCGGCGUCCACAUACCUGAUCAAAACACUGAUCUGGUCGAGAAGGGUGGGUUUUCAAACUACAUGGGUAUAUUCAAAUUGUGAGGUGAGGUUGGGAUAUGAGGAAUAAAGACUAUUAUUGCACUUUUAUAGCAACGUGAGAAUGUUCACCAUGGAUGUCUUGCCAUCCUGACACUGGUAUAGCUUUGUUGUUGUUUUUCAAUGGAUACAUUUUGUAUGUAUUUAAGAUUGCAUGUGAACUAUUUUCUGUAAACUUAUUGAUUGUGUACUCCAAAAAGAAAUAACAUAACCCACAAAAAACAUUAAGUGGUACACAUUGGACAUAUCUUUUCUUAACGUACAUACUUCCCUAUAUGUUGCUACAAAUGGUUCGCAUUUAUUUUCUUCCAUACAUAUAUAUACUGCCAUCAAAGAAUCAAUGUUAGACUCUGAAGUAAAAAAAUAGUUUUUAGAACAAACAUGUUUGCAGCUGCAACAAUAUGCGAAAUUCAAGGUAUAAAACUGCUCACACACACACACACACACACACACACACACACACACACACACACACACACACACACACACACACACAUACACACACUAUGCUUUACCUUUUCUUCUUCUAGUAUAGCUUGGGGCGGUCGGGUAGCCUAGCGGUUUAAGCAUUAUCACGCCGAAGACCCGGGUUCGAUUCCCGACAUGGGUACAAUGCGUG